AUGUCUGAAAUUGGAAGAUUUAUCAAAAGUUUUAUAUUGAAAGGGCCUUCUAGAACUGUACCAGUCAAAUCUUCAUUCUCUUCAACAAGCCCUUUAAGUGCAUGGACCACCACAGAAUCCUCAAGCUCCGCCCAUUUAUCGCGUGCUUCCACUUCUUCAAUUUCUCCUCAAUCAUCUGCAGAUUCUGAAACAGAAGAGAGACUUCCCACCUGUUUGGCACCAAGAGCACGCGGCUCAAGCUCCGCCCACUCCUGCUCGGCGGCGACAACGAGUCAGAGCAAUCGUCAGAGUAAAGAGCGAAGAAAUCCGUCAUCUUCAAUUGGUCUCAACGAAAACGAAAUGGGAUCGAAUGAAAAUGGAGCGACGAAUGGGUGUUCGAAUGGUCAACAUGUCCUUUUGAUGGAAAAACAGGAGAAAAUCGAGCCGAAAGUGUUCAAAAAACGUUGGCUGAUUCUGGUAAUUUUUAUGUUUUUAUCCGGUUCAAACGGAGCCCAAUGGAUACAGUAUUCGAUUAUUGCAAAUAUUGUUUCGGAGUAUUAUAAUGUUUCAUUUCAAGCAGUUGAUUGGACAUCGAUGAUCUAUAUGCUCACUUAUAUUUUCUUCUUCAUUCCAGCUGCAUGGCUUCUCGAUAAAUGGGGACUUCGACUAUCUGUUCUUCUCGGAGCACUCGGAAAUUGUGUUGGAGCAUGGAUUAAACUGAUGUCGACACAUCCAGACUCAUUCUGGGUGACAUUCGUGGGUCAAACCAUCGUCGGAGCUUCCCAAAUGUUCACUCUUGGAAUCCCACCCCGAUUGGCUGCUGUCUGGUUUGGACCGGAUGAAGUUUCACGUGCUUGUGCUCUUGGAGUAUUCGGAAAUCAAUUGGGAAUUGCUGUUGGAUUUGUACUACCUCCAAUGAUUGUCUCGAAUGGAACUGUCGAGCAUAUCACCUACGAUUUGACUAAUUUAUUCUUGGGAUCCGCUGUUUUGAAUACUGUAAUUUUGGCUUUGGUUGUUUGUUUCUUCACCGCCCGUCCGUCAGUCCCACCAAGUCUUGCCCAAGUCAAUGCUCUUGAAGAGAAAACAUUCGACAACAACUUCUGGGGAACACUGAGAAAACUGAUGACUUCGCGUGAUUUUGUUAUCCUUUUCGUUACUUAUGGUAUCAACACUGGAGUUUUCUACGCGAUCUCCACUCUUCUUUCCCAAAUGGUUUUGAGUGUCUAUCCGAAUGAAACUGUUGCUGUUGGUCAAGUUGGAUUAGUGAUUGUUGUUGCCGGAAUGGCUGGAUCCGUUGUUGGAGGAUUCAUUUUGGACAAGUUCAAGAGAUUCAAAUUGACGACUAUCAUGAUUUAUCUCUUCUCGUUUAUUGGAAUGUUCUCGUUCACUUUGACUAUUGAUCUGGAUUCCAUGGUUAUUGUUUUCAUUAAUGCUGCGCUUUUGGGAUUCUUCAUGACUGGCUACCUGCCAAUUGGCUUCGAAUUCGCUGCUGAAAUCACUUAUCCGGCGGCAGAGGGAACCACGAGUGGUCUUUUGAAUGCAAGUGCUCAGAUUUUCGGAAUCGCACUCACUUGGCUGAUGGGAAUCGUGAUGCACAAAUUCGGAACGCUCACCAGUAAUAUUAUAAUGAGUAGUUGUCUCAUUGUGGGAACCGUUCUUACUUGCUUCAUCAGAGAAGACCUCAAACGCCAGAAAGCGCAUUCGGUGCAGUGCCAGAUUCCUACAUCGGAAACCCAAUUGACAAGCUGCACAAUUCAACAAAACGAGCACUUUUAA